GGGUUUGGCCGGCGGCGGGCGGCAGCGGGGCCAUGGCCGCCGACGUGUUCAUGCGGCCGGCGCGGCUCCUCGGGGCGGCGGGGCCGCUCUCCCCCCGCACGGAGCCCGACGAGGACUCAUCGGACACGGACGAUGGGGGCACCUCCCCGGGCGGAGGGCGGCGGUGCGGGCCGCGGCGGGGGCAGCCCCCGGGCCCCCAGAUCAUCCACUCGGGCCACUUCAUGGUCUCGUCGCCUCACAGCGAGCACCCGCCCAAGAAAGGCUACGACUUCGACACGGUCAACGAGCAAACCUGCCAGACCUACCAGUUCGGAGCGGCCCGGGGCGGCGGCGGCGCCGGGGGCCGCCUCAGCAUCGACGCCUCCCUCACGAAGCUUUUCGAGUGCAUGUCCCUGGCCUACAGUGGAAAGCUCGUUUCACCAAAAUGGAAAAAUUUUAAAGGCUUGAAACUUCAGUGGAGAGAUAAAAUCCGUCUCAAUAACGCCAUCUGGAGGGCAUGGUACAUGCAGUACCUGGAGAAGCGCAAGAACCCCGUGUGCCACUUCGUGACUCCGCUGGAUGGCUCCGUGGAUGUCGAUGAACAUCGGCGGCCAGAGGCCAUUGCAACAGAAGGGAAAUACUGGAAGAGAAGAAUCGAAAUAGUUAUCAGGGAAUACCACAAGUGGAGAACAUACUUCAAGAAAAGGUUACAGAAACAUAAAGAUGAAGAUCUUUCAAGUUUGGUCAGGGAUGAUGACGUGGUUCUCUGGCAAAAAAGAAGAUAUGGCCGAGAAACGCCGGUGCCAAUGGAGGAAGGCAGCCUCUUGGAUGCAGAUAUGCUUAUGUCCGAGUUCACCGACACGCUCUUCUCCACACUCUCUUCACAUCAGCUGGUUUCUUGGCCAAAUUCCAGGGACAUAGCACACUUAGGAAAUGCUGACAUGAUUCAACCAGGGCUUAUUCCUCUCCAGCCAAAUUUUGAUUUUAUGGAUACUUUUGAGCCUUUUCAAGAUUUAUUCACGCCCAGUCGUUCCAGUAAUUAUUUCCCUUCUGUGUCUGCUGUCAGCUCAGCUACAACAGACAGCAGCAGCCAUUCUUCCCAGUCUCCCGUCCCGCCGUCGGGUUCGCUGCCCAACACGCUUCCGGCAGGGAACAUCAGCGACGGACUGAUCGCUUCCUCAGUACCUGCUCCUGUCAUUCCUGAUGUUGGCACUGACCAGUGUUCCAGCAUUAGAAGCGGGGAAUCUUUCAUCCAGCCAGCAGACUUCACUCCCGACUCGCCUCUCAGCGGGCCACAGACGUUUAUGCCAGUGUUUCAGACACCCUUGCCACUGCUUCAACCUGCAACACAACAGCACCAGUCCCCGUUGCCUGCGGUGCCUCUGAACUCUAGCUUAAGCUCUCCACCACCUGCAUUUGCUGCACCAGAAACCCAGAAGUCUGGCCUCUGUGAAUCUACAGUUAUCACCCACACAGCUUCUGCUACGUUGACCCACAAUGCCCCUGCCACCACCUUCAGCCAGAGCCAGAAUCUUGUCCUGGCAACGCAGCAGCCAGGUGCAGGAGUGCCUUGUAACCUGGCUUUCCAGACUGCUGUCCUGCAGUGGCAACCCCGGCCCCAGGUGCAGUCCCAACUGACAUUUGCACUCCCCAAAGCUGUUCCUCUGGCCAGUGCUGGGACAAGGCCCAAACAGUCACAAAAAAUAGUGCCUGCUCCGAAGCCUGAAACAGUGUCCUUAUUGGUAAAGAAUGCCUUUAUCACCCCAGCUGCCUUUCAGGGACAGUCCAGAGCUGUGAUUGUAACUCCAGCACCUAUAAAAAGAGAGGGGAUUUUGACGCCAGCCACGUCUCAGUCUAAUGUUGCAAUUGCACCAGCUGGAAUUGUCAGAGCUCCCAGGGUGACGGAGUUCCGUAGUAACAUUCUGGUUGGUCCAGCACAGCGAGCACCAAGUAGUCAACAAACCCAGUCCACAGUCUCACAUCUCUUCUCUCCUAGUAUAGUCCAGGAUGUGUUGGUAAAAGGAGAGCAAAUCCCUUCCCACAGUAGCAGUUCACAAGUUCCCUCACCUACACCUAGCCGAGACUGUCAGAAUUCAGGCCAAGCUUCCCCCUGCACCUCUGAGCAGAGUCCCAGUCCACAGUCUCCCCAGAACAGCUGCUCAGGAAAACCUGCCACUGACUCCAGUGUGGCUGCAAUUAAGAAUCAAAGAAUGAAGCAUCUUUCAGAACAAAAACGAAGGUCCAACAUCAAGACUGGUUUCAGCACUCUGAACAGCUUGGUUUCAGCCAACUCCAAGUUGAUCAGCCAUGCAAUCACGCUCCAGAAAACAGUAGAAUAUAUCGCUAAACUACAGCAGGAAAGAACACAGAUGCAAGAGGAAACCAGGCGCCUUCGGGAAGAAAUCGAGGAGCUAAACGCUACCAUCAUUUCUUGUCAGCAGCAGCUCCCUGCUACUGGGGUUCCCAUAACACGGCAAAGAUUUGACGAUGUCAGGAAGAUGUUUGAUGAGUAUGUGAGAAGCAGGACCCUGCAGAACUGGAAGUUUUGGAUUUUCAGCAUUAUUAUAAAGCCACUGUUUGAGUCUUUCAAUGGGAUGGUUUCCACAACAAGCUUUAAGGAUCUGAAUCGAACCGUGAUGGCCUGGUUGGAUGAGCACUGUUCUCUUCCUGUUCUGAGACCAAUGGUGCUGAACACCCUCCGGCAUCUGAGUACAACCACCUCCGUUCUGUCAGAUCCCUCGUGCCUGCCCAAGCAAGCUGCUGAGGCAGUUAGCAAGGAUGAACAAACCAGCUGGUGAAACCUAACAGCCAAAGACAAUGAGUUAAUUACACAAGGGGUGGAGGACCUGCCAGUCUGGCAGCCUGGCGAGUCUCCUUUCAGUUGGUGCACUUUAGAAAGAAUUCUCUCCAUCACCCAAGAUGUUCAGGGCAUCUGGCUCUGCCUUCAGAAUACAUGGAAGUAUGAUGCAACGUUGUCAUAACAGUUUGAUUCCUCUUCAGUGCUGUGCUGUACUCUAAGUGAGAAGACACCAAGCUCAGGAAAAUGUAGCAGGUUUGAGUCCUGCAGGCAGCAAUAUCUCUCCAUCAAUGCAGCAUGCAUCUAUAUGCAACAAAUAUUUCUAUGAAACACCUUCAAGUACUAAGUUCUCUGAAGUGUAAACCUUGUCCACCAAGGAGUGUUCUCUUCAAGGGGAAGCAUACUUUUGAUUUCCUGAAACAAACUGUGCUUUUCACUUUGUUUUCUGGUGUUCAGUUCCAUUUGUUUUACUUGAAUAGUGAAAAUUGUUAAACAGGAUCAUUUUAAAAACCAAAGGAGAAAAAAAAUCUGUCAGUGAUGUCAACUUGUGGCAAACAAUAGUAGAAUUGAUCUCAGGCUGUGUUCUGUGUCUUUUUAUUUUAAUGAGUGUAUCGUUGCACAUGAUCAGUUGCAAGACAUGCUUUAUUUUCUAGCAAAUAAAGUAGCUGAUUUGUAUCAUUUUUCCUGCUGUAGCCAUGGCAGGUGAGUAGGAGGCUGUGCAGCAAGUGCAAGAAAAACCAUUUUGUAUUGGAUAGGUUCUGCAACUAGGAGAGAGACAGGAGUUUCAUGCCUGUGUCAUGAGACGGGAGUUUCAUGCCUGUGUCAUCUGUGAACUGUUCUCUUGCACGCUGCAGAGUUCAGCUGCCUUCCUCAUCAAAUGCACACAUAUACAACACACCCACAGGUAAAUGUAGUAGUGCUUCAGAGACAAGGAUUGAGUGAGGAAUUGGCUUUUUUUGUUAUCUCAGAAACUAUAUCAAACCACACAGACUUGUCAGUUCUUUGCUGCUUUGUCUUAUGUGCUUGUUCUUUUUGCCUUCUAUGUGAAAGACCUGAAGGACUUAGCUAACUUUGGGCUAGAUGGGAAGGUUGUGUUCAACAGGAAUUACACAACAUAGAAGAAUGUUUAAAACCUGAAACACUGCAUAACAUUUUCUGUGACAGUCUCAGCAAGUACUGUGCUGUGCUGCAGAUAAGCUUAGUUUCAUUACAGCAGUGAUGGUCUGUCCAUCCUGAGAUUCAUUCCAGCUGAUGGUAGUCUGGAAUGGUCCUACUGCCCUUGUAAUUCCACUCAUUACUUGAUUCUGAUUCUUAAGAGCUAUGCAAACUCUGGGUACCUCCUCUUGUUACCUCUUCUUGAGUAGUUUUCUUCCAGUUUCAAAAGCAGGCUGCCUGGAGGUGAUCAGCAGGCUAUCCCAGUGCUAAAAGGAGGAGCAGCCUAAAACAUUUGGGCAUUGCAGAAGCUGAAAUUGGGGUCAGUAGAUUCUCCUUCAGGGGCUGUAGUUUUUCCUCAGUGCUAUCCCCAAUCUUCUCCACUUGCUGGGACAAAGUUUAAAAAGAAACAAAAGGCCUGGGGAAGAGGAAUAAGCACAGGCAGUAGAGGGGUUUCUCCCCUUUUUGUCCUGGGAUUCUGCAGCUAAUGGCUCUCGUUGCAGUUUGCUUCCUUGUGAGCAGAACUGCAGCAAGAAGAAAGCAUGAAAGCUUCUCUCCAGGAUCCUCUCCCUGAGCAGAGAUAUUGUGAGUUGAGGAACUGGGGGCUCAAGGGGAUGACUGGGAGGGGAAAGGAGCUGAAGAAGACAAAAUGGCAUGAUCAGCAUGCCUUUCUGCAGCUGUGCAGGCAAAUGAAGAGAUGCUCUGUUUUGGGGGUUUUUUACAGUGGAUCUGACAUAUCUGAAGUUUGUGGCACAUGUGAAAACAUGGAACCAGCAAAAGCCCAGGCCUCAGCUAAGGAAUAGCUUAUUGGAAUAGUGUAUAAAGAUUGUCAUAGUGAUUAAAUAGUAGGUGUUUUUGAGGGGGAUCUGCCUCUAGGUCUUCCACACAUAAAGUUGUAAUCAACUGAGCAGCAUCCUUUGGGAUGCACCUGGAGUCAAAGUGCUGAGUAAGUGUCAGUUCUUUUUUAAAUCCACCCAAUUUUUAUCAUUGUGAACUUGGUUCUAGUAAAGUCAUUUAACACUGUGAUUAGCUGGGGAGUGUCCCUCAAGUUCCUUCUGUGCUGGGCUGUCUCGUUGAGAUGCUCAGAUAUCAACACGCUUCUGUGCGUGUUAAAUACGUAUCCGGUCUUCUAGCAAGAAAUCAGUAGGCAAAUAGCCCAAGAAGAGACUCACUUAUGUUUUCACUCUACUUUUCAGAUGAACAGAUUCCAUAACACCUCCCCUGCAAUGUAGUCUCCUUGUCAGGCAGUGAUUGUACUUGAUUUUUACCUUUCAGUGGCAUUAAGAGUUUUGUCUUGACAGGCAAAGUGCAUUACAUUUCAAAGCCCAGGGAAGUCUGGGAACUUCUGAGCUUAAAUCCUAACAUCUCAGAUCUCCCUGAAUGUAUUGGAAGCUGAAAAGGGACCUUAAUGGAGUAGGAAGGGGUAAUGUGACUGAACUGCUAAAAGCUUUGUCCAUUAGUAGUUUUAACCUGGACGUGGAUGGAAGAAACAUGGUGUUCAUUGCACCGUGAACUGGUUACAACUGAAGGGCAAGUGCUCAUUUUAAUAACCUGUGGUGGAGAAACAAGCUCAUGGCACUAUUAAAAGAGCAAAUCUUUACACAGUAAAGAGAAAAAAAUUAAAUCAAAGAUUGCUUACUUAGGCAGAAGUGUAGGAGGGAGGAAAGGAAAAGUGAAAAGAUACUUUCCAUGUAGUGCAAUUACCAGAAAUGAUGUGGCUGCUCUUUGAAGCAAUGAUUCAGUGUAUUUUUGUCAGCCUAUUAUUGCAAGUCAGAAUUCUUUUUAUCAGUCAACCUUUGAGACACUUUGUUUGGAAAGACAGGAGGAAAAAGCUGGUUUGUGUCUCACAUCUGCACAGUAGAGCUGAUGGGGAUGAAAAGAGAUUGGCCACGUCUGUAUGUAUUCCUGCGUAGUUUUCUGCUGUAGUUUAUAUCUGAACUGCUUAGUCUGUUCUUCCUUAUUCAUUGAGGAGUCCAAAUUUCUUUCUUUUUUAAAACCCAGGAAGUCUCACACUUUCUUCCUUAACUGGAGUGGUCUGAUUUCUGUCACCAAAGUAAACUUAAGCAAGCGGAAUACACGCUGCCUCUGAUGUACACACAGAUACAGAUGGUGCACGUCUGUCUGCACUGAAUUGGUGCUAAACCUUUCCAGAAUCCCCACAGAGCUGAAUACAGGUCAGAUUUGGUGAAAUCCAACAGAUUGCAUUCCCUAAAAGGAGUGGUUAGGUGAAAUGUUUAUGGCCUGUGAUACACACAAAGUCGAUCUGAGAUUGUCUGGUGGUUCUUUCCGAGCUCGAGUUGUAUUAAUCAGUGGAUUGUAGAUGGCCCCACUCCAAACUUUGGACAACUUGUGCAUUAUCUGGGGAAGUUCUUAGAUGCUCCUUGUUAGCAGGAGGAAUAAAUGGUGAAAGUCCAGGAGCCAACUAGAACUAAAGAAAUGACUUGAGCAGCAGGAGCAGAGACGAGUGCGUGCUUCAUCUUGGCAGUCUGAUCUCUGCACAAAACCAAAGGAUUCGUGGUGAAUACCAUUUGACUUGGGUUGAAUGUUCUUCCAUGCUCUUUCUAGACCCUUUGGGAAGCCUUCACUGAAGGGAGACUUACUAGAAUGUUUCCAUCUGUGCCUUAGGUGUUGGCCUCGUGUGUGCUUCUCGUUUAUCUGAAGUCACACAUUCUUCCCCCUAAUACAGUUCUACGUGGAAAAUUCAGUGAAUUGCCAAAGCUGGGGCUUCCCUGGGUUGUGGGAGGAUCUUAUCUGCCUGACAUUACCAUGCCCCUUUGAACCUGGGGUUGCAAAAGUGCUGUGUAUGUGUGGAAAAAAAAUGGUGUCUUUCCUGCUGACUGCAAUGUCCUUCCCUGCCAUGUACACGAGCACACAGGUACACGCUGCCAGGCCAGAAGCUCGACAGAAACCCAGCACAUAGCCAGAUGCUUGCCUCUCUAAGCCUGGAAUGGCUUGAAAAGCAAAAGGGCUGUCAAAUUGCAUUGAAAAAUAGCAUCCCUGGACUUUGUAUCUUCAGGGGUUUUCUGUUCCCUACUGGGGGGCUGUGCACAUGUGGUACAGGUGAUGGGGCAGGUGAAGUUUGUUUUGGUUGCUUUUUAAGCCUCAAACUCCUGAAGAACAGUUUGGGAGCAGGAGAGGGAAGCUCAGUGCAAAAGCACUCAGUGAGGUAAUGCUCUUGUAGUACAAAUUAUUUGAAAGCUCUUUCACUUUCUGUGUUGCUGGUGUAGAUAAUCCUUGCAAUGAUAUUGACAACUAGAAGAUGCUGCUGAGAAUAGGAUGGGCUGGUAAAUAUUUACACAUCUUUCUUUCUUCCUUUCUUUUUUUUUUUGUUCCUUUCCACAUUUAUGACAUGGAAAACAACCCAAAAUCUAAAAAGCUGAUGACACUGUUGGAUGUGCUUUAGGGAUUCAGUUGUAACACUCUUGGAGGACGAUGGACAACUGCUGGUGAUGUUUAAAGAGGUUUUUGAUGAGGGAGACAACAGGGGUUUUGCUGUCACUCGUCCUCAGUUCACACACUUGGGUUUCAGAGGACAUCAUUUGUUUUCAUGUUUUUGUUUUUCAUUUGUAGGGCCCCAAUAUUGUUCCCACAAUGUCACUUAAGGCCUCAGGUUCCCUUUUGUUUCAUUCUUGGAUGGAUUUCCUGGUCAUUUACUGUGUUUAGAGCAGAAGUGGUAGUACUGAAUUGUUGAUUGAUCCAUAAAACUUGAUUCAGUGACAUAGAAGCACAUCUUAGGUGUGUAAUAGGAUGACUUUCUAGCCAUGGUCUGAGCUGCUUUUAUAUCUGACCUUUUCUGACAUGAAUAAGGUUUUGAAUCAGAAGUUACUACUGUUAGGAACAAGCCUUUUAAUUACCAGUACAAUGAAUCAAAUGCUUUUUCUUCAUCUUCUAACCUUGUAUUUAAAUGUGUUUCCAGUGAGUGGAGUUUAUCCUUGUUAAAAGAAAGCAAAGGGAAAAGAAAAGCUUGGAGGUGUGAGGAGUUGAGGUUGUGCUCUUGCUUUGCCUAGGCUUCCUGUUCCGUUGCAUGACACAACUUCUGUUGUGCUGUUGGUAUGUAGCACUUUCAGUAGGUCUGUUCAAUUGUGCAAUGCAUUUUUUUUAUAUUUACAACCAAAACAAUAAAGGUUAUUUUUUGGAAGAAA